AGAGCUGGCAUCCUGCGGGAAAAGAAACGCGCAUAUCAAGCGUCUUUCCACCUUUGCUUUCAUACAUUCCGCGAUUAUUUCUCAUUUCUAAGGGAACAUUUGUUUUUUUUUUUACAAGGUGUUACUGUCAUGUCCUAAUUUCGGUGAACCCGCAGCAUCUUGGCAGUAAUACCAUUUUUGAUUUAUGGAAAUGAUAUGAAUGUCAGCCGGUCAAGGUCCGCUCCGUCAACGCAACAGCCCCGACUGGAUAUUCUAGCAUAUGCGGGGAAACAUCCUCCGCGAGCGUUCGGGUGAUUUUCUGAACAUUUUCAUUUUGACUGGACAGAGAGGGACGAUUGAGGCUGUUCGAGCGUCGUGGGAGCGUCGCUUUCCUGGGAAUGACACGCGGCGGUGCGUACGGGAAACUGGAAAUACUGUGGAUUAGAGACGCUGGCUGUGCGAGUGCGACGCUGGACACGCGAGGAAAAUGCUCCACGGCCGUCGCCGUGCGCUGAAAUCUUCGACGCGGCCGAAGAGGUGCUUGGUUCUCUGCCAGCGGACUGUGCGCAAUAGGCUCCAGCCCGAGCUGCGUUCCUAAGGAUCUAUAUGGGCGCAGGCUCGUCCCCCGCUCACUGCCCGACUCGAUUCACAGCGUAGCACCUGACGUCAACCUGAACUGGGACCGAUCCGAACGCGGGGCACCAUGUCGGCGGUGAUGAUCACGCGCAAGGUGCGAAAAUGGGAGAAGCUCCCGGGCAAAAACACGUUCUGCUGCGACGGACGCGUGAUGAUGGCCCGGCAGAAGGGAGUCUUCUACCUGACCCUGUUCCUCAUCGUCGGGACGUGCUCGCUCUUCUUCGCCUUCGAAUGUCCGUACCUGGCUAUCCAUCUGUCCCCUGCCAUCCCAGUGUUCGCUGCUCUGCUCUUCCUCUUCGUCAUGGCCAUGUUGCUGAGGACCAGCUUCAGCGACCCUGGGGUGCUGCCACGGGCCCUCCCCGAGGAAGCCACCUUCAUCGAGAUGGAAAUUGAGGCUGCCAACGGAAACGUCCCCGCGGGCCAACGGCCUCCGCCGCGCAUCCGCAACGUCCAGAUCAACAACCAGAUCGUGAAGCUCAAGUACUGCUACACCUGCAAGAUCUUCCGACCACCUCGAGCGUCUCACUGCAGCAUCUGCGACAACUGCGUCGACCGGUUCGAUCACCACUGUCCGUGGGUGGGAAACUGCGUGGGCAAGAGGAACUACCGCUACUUCUACCUGUUCACCCUGUCCCUCUCCCUGCUCACCAUCUACAUCUUCACCUUUGACAUCGUGCACGUAGUCAUGCGCUCCGUGGAUAACGGCUUUCUGAACACCCUGAAGCAAACACCUGGAACUGUGUUGGAGGUGCUGGUGUGCUUCUUCACCCUGUGGUCGGUGGUGGGACUGACCGGCUUCCACACGUACCUGAUCUCCCUCAACCAGACCACCAACGAAGACAUUAAAGGAUCCUGGUCGGGAAAGAACCGAGUCCAGAACCCGUACAGCCACAAGAACAUCAUCAAGAACUGCUGUGAGGUCCUCUGUGGGCCGGCGUACCCCAGCGUCCUGGACAGAAGAGGACUGAUGCAGGAGGACUCGCCGGCUCUGUCGGACGCACCCCCCUCCUCCUCCAGCAGCAGCUCGGUGCCACAGACCACGAAAACCACAGCUCCUCUCAUCCCCAACGAGCACACGCCCGACGAGGCCAAGCCGAGCAUCGCUGCCCCGCCGGAGAAGAGCCCCGCCCCCAGGGAGGAGCCUGCGGGCGCCAAGGUGCCGCCGCUGGCCUCGCCGGAGACCGACGCCGAGACGUCCAUCGCCAAGGACCAGACCCAUUAGCAGCCUGGGGGGGGGGGGGGGGGGUCCUCUCACCCUCGGCCCCAUCGGGAACCGAGACCUUUAUAAUCGGCGUCUGAUUAUUGUGCAGGCGACUCUCCUCCGACUCCUGAGGAGCAGAGCCGGUGCUGCAGCUUCUCCACGUCUCUCCUCCCCUCGCUAGCGUCCAUGGCGCUGACUGACACGGACUCCUGCAGGAGGGGGGAGUGAUUUAAUGGAAAGUCAGCAGCCUCCUCUGACUCCUCAACACUGCAUGGAAAAGACUCAUUCAGCCAUUCAGGGGGGGUUUGCAGAGACAGACCAGUGCAGACCCCCCCAGAGCUUCCUGACUGUCAGUACUACUUCUGUUAUUCAUGUAAAAGUGCAUAAUGACAUUUAUUGUGAAAAGCCAGUUCAAAUAUACUCCCUGCAAGCGUCUGGCACGUGUAGGACGUGUGUAGGAUUUCAUACGUAGUCGGUUUUGUUGUGUGCACAUUACAUGCCCUAUGCAAACCAUGAGUGUGGAUGAGAGGUUUUCACCCGUUGGUUUCCAGGCGGAGGGAGGACACGCAAGCGGCCACGACGUCCUGAUGGAGAUCCGCCUUAUCAGGAGACUCCAGCUGAUCGUAGACACUCGUAGUAACAGUGCCUUAUCACAACUGUUGCACUAGGAAACGCAACCGAGGUUCAGCCGACGGACUCCGAUACAAACCAGUGGCUCUCGAUCGAAACUGCAGGAUGAACCAAAGAGUUCAGAGAGAAGGCUUUGACUCUGGCCUUCGCUGCUGAUGAGACCAGUCUCCUCGAUGGCUCUCACUGGAUGUUUUGCUCAACAGUCGAGUUGACAGGGAAGUUUUCUCUCUAUCAGAUCAGGGAGCUGGUUCAAAACACAUUACUGCUAUGUAUUACUACCAAACUUGUACCAAUUUCCACACAAUACUGUGAAUUUACCUCCAGAAGUCAUUGACUGGUGGAAUAUGAACUGGUCUUACUGGUCUGAACAAUCGAGAACCACUAAAUUGGACACUGUGAUGCAAAAAAUAAAAAUCCAAGCCAUGGUUGAAUUGUUCGCAGAAGCGCUGAGAAGCAAAGACAGCAGCCAUGUUUGGUUUCAGGCCCUCCUGCAGGUCUUCCUCUCCGUCCUCCCUCCCCUGAAAUGACCGUCUCUCCCUUUUCUUUCCGUCCCACAGCCGAUGGUGCGCACCCUUUAACGAGGCCUGAAAACGAGUGCUGGGUCACCGGUGGGUCGAGGAAACGGAAGCUUAGUCGUUAGGUGGUGUUAGCGGAUAGAGCAGGCUUGUGACAGUGGUUGUGACGUACGCAAGAGCUAGUUUGUGAAAUGUGCAUAGGUAGAAAGUGUGGCGUGUCAGACGAGCAGGACUGGAGCAAGAACAGGCGUCAUUCUGGUUCUGAUUGUUGGCAGCUCUCAUCAUAUUUGUUGAACAAUUUAAGGCUGACCACUGAUAUUAGUUUAUUUUGUCGAAUCAGCAAAACCUGAAAACAACAAAAUGCCAAUCGAAUAUUAACCUAAAGGAUCACCGUUUGGCCAUUAGCAACAACUGAAUUCACCUCCAGUGGAAGAGGCUGGAAAGGGUUUGUAUUAAGUGAAAAAGUGUAAUCGUUGAAUGUGUUCGUGAAGAGCAGGCCUCGUCUUGGGGUUUGGUUUGUGAAAGCACAGUUUAACGCGCGUCGUGCUCUCUGAGAAAUAAGAAUGUUUGUGACUGAUACUUGAGAAACGAAGGGAAGCUUGUGUUUGACUCCUGUUAAUGGGAUUUUUUAAAAGAGCAGAAUGCCUUGAUUGAUGAUUUGUAGCUCCACAGGUUUGCGACGGGCUGUUGUUGUACAGUAUGAAGAACACGAUCAGUCUAUUACAUUAUGUAUACAGUACUAUACCAUUGAUGGAAUCCUAUUUAUGUUAGUAUCAGCACUGUGAUUAUACAUAUUACAUUCAAUUUACUUCAUUCUUUUUACAUGAUCAAUGUGUCUGGUAAAUAAAUAACAGUGUCUUACUA